CCCUUCCGUGUUCAUCCUAUGUGCUCUGAGCUCCUUCUCAGGCUCUACUGAUGAUUUGCUUCCACUGACCUGAGGGCAGAGAUGGCGACUUCAUCCCACCAAGGAGCAGCUGCAGGAAGCCAGGCAGAGCACAGAAGCUGUGAAGCAUCAGUAGGACAGGGGGAAAGACCGAGUGCCAGCCAGGGUCAGGAGGGCAACUUCAAGCAGAACCAGGGAACGUCCACACUGCGGCUCCUCCUGCUAGGGAAACAGGGCGCAGGCAAAAGUGCCACAGGAAACACCAUUCUGGGCAAAGCCGUGUUCGAGUCCAAGUUCAGUGAUCACAUGGUAACCGACAGAUGCCAGAGCGAGAGUGUGUCAGUAAGAGGGAAACAGGUCAUUGUCAUCGAUACCCCAGAUCUUUUCUCCUCACUGAGCUGUUCAGAGGUUAGGCAGCAGAACCUGAAGCAGUGCUUGGAGCUCUUAGCUGAUGAUCACUGUGUGCUGCUCCUGGUCACUCCCAUUGGCCACUAUACAGAGGAGGACAGGGAGACCAUUGAAGGCAUCUGGGGUAAAAUUGGCCCUAAAGCCUACAGACACAUGAUUGUGGUCUUCACUCGGGAAGAUGAGCUGGAUGAAGACUCCCUGUGGAACUACAUUGAGAGCAAGGAGUCUCUGAAGGAGUUGAUUAAAAACAUUGGAAGUCGACGAUGUUGUACUUUCAACAACAAGGCAGACAAGAAGCAGCGGGAACUGCAGGUGUUCAAGCUGCUUGAUGCAAUUGAACUUUUGAUGAUGGAAAGCCCUGAGCCAUAUUUUGAGCCCUUAAAAAUGGAAAGCAGUGGAGUCCAGGGUUGUGGGAAUGGAGUGACAUAUGAAGGGGACACUCUGUGUGGUUCAAAGAAGAGGCAGCCUCAGAUCACAGGACCCGAUUGUGAUCCAGACAUGCCAGAGCUGAGGGUCCUCCUGAUGGGGAAGCGUGGUGUUGGGAAAAGUGCAGCAGGAAACAGCAUUCUGGGGAAGCAGGUCUUUAAGACUCAGUUCAGUGAGAAGCAGCGGGUCACCAAGGCCUUUGCAUCCCACAGCAGGGUCUGGCAAGGGAAGAAAGUUCUGAUUAUAGAUUCUCCAGAGAUCUCAUCGUGGAAGCUUGAUGAGUCUGCUGUCAAGAAUCACACCUUUCCAGGUCCCCAUGCCUUUCUGCUGGUGACACCACUGGGUUCUUCUUUAAAGAGUGAUGACGAUGUGUUCAGCAUCAUCAAACGUAUUUUUGGAGAAAAAUUCACCAAGUUCACAAUUGUUCUCUUUACCAGGAAAGAAGAUUUUGAGGAUCAGGCUCUAGAUAAGGUUAUAAAGGAAAAUGAUGCUCUCUAUAAUCUCACCCAGAAAUUUGGAGAAAGAUACGCAAUCUUCAACUACCGGGCAUCUGUGGAGGAGGAGCAGAGCCAGGUGGGCAAACUACUGAGCCAAAUCGAGAAGAUGGUGCAGUGCCACAGCAACAAGCCUUGCGUCAUCAGAGAGAAAGAACUUUUAAACAUCAUCCUCUUGGGAAGGAGUGGGGCUGGAAAGAGUGCAACUGGGAACACUAUCCUGGGGAGAUCUGCCUUCUUCUCCCAGCUCAGAGCUCAGCCGGUCACCAGUAGCAGCCAGAGUGGUAAGAGGACACUGGACUGGCAGGAUGUUGUGGUUGUGGACACUCCAUCAUUCAUCCAGACGCCUGGCACUGAAAAGGAUCCCUCCAGGUUAAAGGAGGAGAUCCAUCACUGUUUGAGUCUCUGCGAAGAAGGCAUGAAGAUUUUUGUCCUGGUUCUCCAGUUGGGACGGUUCACCCAGGAAGAUGAGGUGGUGGUGGAGCAACUGGAGGCCAGUUUUGAGGAAAACAUUAUGAAAUAUAUGAUUGUGCUGUUUACACGGAAGGAAGACCUAGGGGAUGGGGACCUUCAUGAUUAUACUAACAACACAAAGAACAAAGCCCUUAAAAAAAUACUUAAAAAGUGCAAUGGGCGAGUUUGUGCUUUUAAUAACAAAGAAACUGGUGAAGACCAGGAGACCCAGGUGAAAGGUCUGUUGAAAAUAGCCAAUAGUCUCAAAAAGAACUAUGAUGAGCAUUCAAAUUCAUGGGUGGGUCAAUUAAAAUCAACACUAGGCCAAAUUACUAUGGCAUUUAAAUGAGCUCAAGUGAGCAGUUUUAAGGCUGGGAACAGUUUAGGGAUGCCAUCAGACAGAGGAGGGGGUGGGUGCGAGGGGGAAGGACUAGUGGGGUGGAUCCUCUCAAAGAAGGUUCAUGACUUGGAAGGCUGAGGGAUAAAUGCAUCUCAUGAAGGAUGUAGAUAUUCAGGUAAAUAAAUUCUUAAGUUAGGUCAGGCAGAAGGAAAUUAGAAGACAAAGAGAUUAUGGAAGAGAAAAUGUUUUUCUUUGAUUUAAGUUUUAUUGCAUUAUCUCAAAUUAUGUUAAACAUAAUAGACUUACACCACAUUUUUCUUUCCCUUUUGUACCCCAACUCCUCCCUGAGAGCCCUCCCCACUUCAAAACCUGCAAUAUAUUUCAUCUUUCAUCAUAUUCUUUAAAAUUUAUAAAAUAUUAUAAAAAUAAAAAUGAGUAUUAUAAAAGUUGUUUGAUAUAAUACAACAAUCAAUUGAACAGUCUUACGUCGAUGUUUGUCUACAUCAAUACUGAAAGUACAUACAUUUUCCUCAAUAUAAAUUUUAAAUAACUCUGAAUAUAUUAACUGUAUGAUAUUUUAAAAUAAUAUAUCACUAUUUGUUUUUUUUUAACGAACAUAAAUAGAUAAAGUCUGUUUGUUUGUUUUGUUGUUUUGUAGAGUUUAAAAUCUUGGCUCUUACUGUAGUACAAACUCAAAAUAAGAACAGUUUUUGGAUAUUGGAGUUCAUUGUAAUAAGGCUGUACUUGAAUGCCCCUCGCAUCACCAAAGGAUUUUACCUCCAUAGUAGAUAAGCUAAGAGUUGUCAGUUCUGCUGCACCAAGGAAUGAAUUGUAAGCAUGAUUUUUGGAUACAGAUUUCCUGCUACAGUCAAAGCUAUUUGACUUGAGUGAUUGUCGUCAUUCUCAGCCCGCAGGGAACAGGUUACAUUCAUUUAAGAAAUGGUGUGUGUAUUAAAAUGGUCUAUACAUGAAGUCAUUCAUCAACUGUUUCAAUGAACAAUGGCUCUGCUUGGAGGGUGGCACAGAUGUUAGGUGAGGGUAAGAUUCUGGUUGAUUUGCUGUGUUGAUUUUGAAAAUCAUUCAUCUCAGAAUAAGAGUAACUUAUAAAGUCCUCUACUUCAAAAUUGAUACAAUCAUUAUAAAUACUUUCCCAUUGCAGUCAACUCCUCCUAGAGGAAGGGUUGUGUGUGGUUGAAUUUCCUACUCAGGUAAAAUCAAAGGUUAUUAUAAAGUAUAUAAAUAGUAUUGAAAAGACCCCCAAGAUGCAGAUUGUGUUAAGAAGAGAGGGUAAUAGACAUUUUAAUUGUAACUACAGAGCUAUGAUUCUAUUCAAAUCUGAUAAGUACAAAUGUUUUGUCCUUUGUCCCAACUUUUUUCCUAUCAAAGCCUAAAGAUUAGUAUAAUUCCCAAAGAUGGUCUUGGACUGCCUAAACCUUUGUAUUUGUAUUCUUUAUAGCCACUCUGAUUAAAUCUCUUUUCAGAAAUUAAAAAAAAAUAAAAAAAAAUAAAUACCAA